AUAAAGCAGCAGUCCUAAGGCAUUGUAGACGGACUUGAAUAAAUACUGUCUCUGUCGCGCUGGAGCAUAACAACUAGUCCGCUCCCAAGGCUCUCAAUCCGAUCUUUCACAGGACAAUCCCGUCGUUCUACCACAUAGCACAUUACCAUUUUAUUGUCGGGGACCCUCGCAACAUACAGCGCCCUGAGCAACGAUACCAUGAACACACAAUCUACCUUCCCACCAACUUCAGCGCAUGUCGCGCACCAGACCCUCGCUGCCGGCGACGGCGGCGUGAUGGGAGAGUCACCGCCCGCCUUCCAAACAGUCUCGCCAGGGUCAACAACUAGCGCUGGUUAUGAAACCACACUGUCUGCUUUCCCAACAGCCCGAGCGCUAGCCAUGGAGAUCGAGACACAGCCUGAACGGCUUAUCGCAUUAGAGACGAUGAUGCAGUGGAUAUACGGAAAUCAGCUCAAGUUGCUUGAGAAGAUGGAUAAAGUAAUGUCAGAUAUCGGCAAAGUGCAGGAAAGCUUGGAGUCUGUAAAGGCCGCUAUCAAUAAAUUGUCGGACGAUUUCAAUCGCUGGCUUUCUGAAGUCGGAUGCGGAAUAACGGACAGAUCGACUAGGUAAUCCUGUUGUGGAUGGCAACAUGUACAGAAAAGAGGGGAGCUAGAUGAGAAGGACGUGGAGUACUUAGUAGUCUAAAUUCAGUCUACGCCUGCAUCGCACGACCAUUGUUCCGUCGAUCUCUAAUAAUUGGCUCUACACCCUAACCUACCAGAACCUGAAAGCGCCGCAGGAUACUCCU